AUUGGAUACGUACAAGUGCGCGGUGGUUCUAUCCUAUCAGCUUAUAUACUGCUGUCACUUAUAUAUAGUCGCGUUUCCAUAUCUCAUUUUCUAAAAAAACAUAAUUACAACAAGUGCUACUAUUCAGUAAAUUACAUUGUACUACUUUACAACUAUACGCACCAUUCACGCCAAUUAUCUCCCGGAAUUAUUUUAAUUCUUCAAGAUUACGAUAGACAACUUUACAAACAUUAUACAAAUUAUUUCGAUCGUCAAUGGCUGCAUCGAAUUUUCUUCAUGUCGUAUUAUCGCUGUUGAUGAUCUUCAAUGUCGCUGCUGCUGGUGCUGCUUGGAGUGACACCGAAAAUGACAUCGAAUUGGCUUCGGAAUAUCCCAGCAUCACGACAGAGCAGCAGUGGCAGCAGCAGUCUGCGGAAGACAGCAGCAGCAGCAGGCCGGGCGACAUCACAGAUGAUGACGAUGUCAAUCUGACGUCCGGAUCGACAAUUCUGGAAGAAAAAGGCUCGGCACUUGCUUGCCGUUGUUGGGGCGCAUCUGCCGACACUGGUUCAUUGAUACAAACCGAGUGCAAGUGUCACGGACAGCACGUCUUAUCAGUUCCGCUCACUUUACCCGCAGACCUUCACCGCCUGACGCUUUACGACUGCGGGUUGGAGAAGAUGGGACACGGCGAUCUUCAGAACUACGCCAAUACACUCACAGAUUUUGUUUUAGAUAAAGCUAGUCGCUUGAUCAACAUUGAGGAGGGUGCUUUUCAUGGGCUUAUUCGACUCCAACGCAUAUAUAUCCGUCGCGCUCCACUGCUGACAAGCUUACCCGACGGUUUAUUUCGCCUUUCGCUUCCAAGCCUUCAUAUUCUAUUGAUUAAGCAAACGAGUCUUCGAUAUUUUCCCGACUUGUCUGGUCUUGAGACAUUCAACAUUCUACAUACGGUAGAUUUGGAAGACAAUCAGCUUGAAACGAUCCCCUCUAACAGCGUCCGUCUUCGCGUGGACGAUUUUUUAGUCUGUUCAAAUGCCCUGCAGUCCAUCGAUGCAUUCGCCUUCAAUGGAUCUCAAAUAGCCACCCUGAGAUUCAGAGGAAAUCAACGUCUCUCCGAUAUACAUCCGGACGCUUUCAUGGGUUUGGCAAGUCUACGGCGAUUAGAUCUCUCUCAAACUGCAAUCACUAAUCUGCCCGUUCGCGGACUCUCAGAGUUGGAAACCCUCGAAUUAAUUGAGACGAGAACGCUCAAGGAAAUACCAUCUGUCUACAAUUAUAAGUCCUUGCAAGUCGCUCAUCUAACUUAUCCCUACCACUGCUGCGCCUUCGCUUUCCCAGCCGCUCACGAUCCUCAAGAACAUGCUCGACAUCAGCGCUUUAUAACCGAUAUGCAAGCUAAAUAUUGUGAUAAUAAAGUACCGGAGAACGACAGCGUCUCACUCAGAUUUGGUCAAGAGCACGAAACAUUCGGUAUCGAUGUCAACGUCCAAAACCAUCUAGAUAACAUUGAGGUCUUCCAUUCGGAUCCCUUCCAAACACCUUUAAAUCGGGAACUACUUUUCCACGCGUUUUGUGGCAAUUUAACAUACGCACAUCGCCAAGUCCGAUGUACUCCACAACCGGAUGCUUUCAAUCCUUGUGAAGAUAUCCUUGGGACCAACUGGUUAAGGGUGGCAGCUUGGCUGGUAUCUGUUGCAUCGGUGGUCGGUAAUUUAGCCGUGGUGCUCGUAUUGGUUCAGUCAUCGCGAGGCCCAAUGGCUGUGUCCAAAUUUCUGAUGGUUAAUUUGGCACUUGCCGAUCUCUGCAUGGGAUUAUACCUCUUCCUAAUCGUUGGAAUGGAUGUUAACACGAUUGGAGUCUACUUCAACUAUGCCAUAGAUUGGCAAAAUGGAAUAGGUUGUCAAGUGGCUGGAUUCCUGACUGUCUUUGCUACUGAAUUGUCAGUGUUCACAUUAGUAGUCAUCACUAGUGAGCGGUGGUAUACCAUAACCUAUGCAAUAAAUCUCACUAGGCGUCUACGAUUAUCGACCACAGCCAAGAUAGUCGCAGUGGGAUGGAUUGGUUCUUUUACAAUGGCUUCCUUACCACUUGUUGGUGUUUCAAGCUUUUCUACAACCAGUAUUUGUCUGCCGCUUGAGAAUCACAACCUAUCAGACACAAUUUAUCUUUUGAUGUUGUUGAUUUUGAACGGCAUAGCCUUCUUGUUCAUUUGUUUGUGCUACAGUCACAUGUACAGGUCAAUCAGAGGAAAUCAUCAGUCGUUAGCUUCACAUUCUGACACUACAGUUGCCAAAAGAAUGGCUUUGUUGGUCUUUACAAAUUUCGCCUGUUGGACUCCGAUUGCGUUUUUUGGACUGACUGCUGUUGCCGGCUAUCCCCUUAUAAGCGUCACUAAUUCCAAAAUUCUAUUAGUUUUCUUUUACCCGCUCAACGCUUGUACCAAUCCUUACCUGUACGCGCUAGUCACUCAGCAGUAUCGCAGAGAUUUGUUCAUCCUACUCAGUCGCUAUGGGUUUUGCACUGAGCGAGCGUCAAGAUACAGAGCCACAUUCUCAUUCGGUCGCAGCAACAACAAUCCUGUGCGAGCAGGAUCGCAGCUCGAGUCGGUCAUGCAUGGUGGCCAGCUUGACUCACCUUAUUCUGCAACCGCUCAACAAGAAAAUCCUGAUUCGAUUAGGAAAAAAUCCAUUAUAAGCAGUGGUUCGGUCAAACAGAAAGUAACGACACCGAUGCACAAAAUUUCCAACAGUGCUGAAAAGGAAGUCCGCCGUGUUUCGGUUAUGGAGUUGAUGCCACUCUCCACUCCUGUUGUGCGUCAACAAGAACAGAUGCACGAAAUUAUCAAAGAAGAUAACAACACUUUCUUAAAGCUCCCUGAUACAUCCCACAGUCGAUUAAGUCUUAUGCUAGAGAUCACUGAUGAUACCCAGACUAGUAAUAAUGACAAUGUUUUAGCUAAUAGCAACGCCAGCGAGAGCAACAUCGAAAAAUGUUGCAUAACACACGUUCGAUCAACAUCUGGUGGCGCUUCAAUAGAUUCUCCUCAUCCCAUCAAAAACUGCCAAAUUCACUGCAAUAAGGGCCAUGAUAAAAUAGUAAACGGUUAAGGGCUUUCAAAUCAAUUUAAAAAUAAAUAAAUAA